AUGGCGCAGCGGAUCUUGAUGAAUGAGUUUAAAAGCCUGGCAAAAGAGAAAUGGGUACAUAUCGAGCUGAAAGAUGACAACAUUUUCUAUUGGAACAUUGCACUCAUAGUCCUAAAUCCCGACUCGCUCUACUACGGCGGCUAUUUCAAGGCCACCAUGACCUUUCCGCCAAACUACCCUUACUCACCGCCUAGCUUCAAAUUCACCCGCCCCCUUUUCCACCCAAAUAUAUACACAGAUGGCCGCCUUUGCAUAUCCAUCCUCCACUCCCCCGGUGAAGACGAAAUGUCCGGCGAAUCCGCCGCGGAACGCUGGUCCCCGGCCCAACGCGUUGAAUCAGUCCUCAUCUCCAUUCUCUCUCUUCUCGAUGACGCGGAGGUAUCGUCUCCUGCCAAUGUGGAUGCAGGCGUGAUGCUGCGCAAGGAUCCGGAGGCUUAUAAGAAGACUGUUAUGGGGGACGUGGAGAGGAGUAAAGAGGAUAUUCCGGAUGGGUUUGUUAUGCCGACGGCGCAUGAGGUGGGGGGGAAGGGUGGGGUUGGAGGAGUAGCGGUGGAGAAGAUGGAUGAUGAGGAUUUUUGGGUCGAUAGUGAUGUGGAUGGGUAUGAGAAUGAUAUGUUUCGGGGAAGUGAUUCGGAGAAGGAGAUCGGGAUGGACGAUGAGGAUGAGUAUGAGGAUACGGGGAGUGAGGAUGGAGAUGUUAAGAAGGCUGUUUGA